AGAAUCGGGGUUUGGAUAACGCCUAGCACAUCAUCGCCAGCUCCAUCAAUCCCCCAAAAAGCUUCGCCCCCACUCCUCCACACAUCGCCAAAAAGCUUCUGCAGCAUUCUCCCUCCCUCCCUCCCUCCAUCAUCUCCGAAGCAAGGCGAAGAAGACGAAGGAAGACGACGAUGAUGGGCGCGUCCUUCGUCUCCACCGUCCCUUCUCUGCUCCCGCUUCAAGCUCAAGUCGCUCCUCCUUCUUCUUCCACCUCGUCUUCCGCCGCCUCCGUCAGGCCCCCCGCCGCUCGUCCCGUUGCGGUUCGCUGCAAGACGGAGAACGGCUUCGCCGAUGGCGGCGAGGAGUUGAGCCGACGAGACGUUCUUAAACUCGUCGGCGCUAGCGUCGGCAUUGAACUGAUGGCGAGCUCUGGAUCAUUCGUUGAAUCGGCUCGUGCUGCUGAUUUGAUUCAACGCCGGCAGCGUUCCGAGUUUCUUUCAAAUGUCAGGGGCACCCUUUUCACGGCUAUAAAGGGAAAUCCAGAUCUCAUCCCAUCUUUACUGAUGUUGGCAUUAAAUGAUGCUAUGACUUAUGACAAGGCCUCAAAGUCUGGAGGCCCAAAUGGAUCCAUAAGGUUCAGCUCAGAGAUUAGCAGACCUGAGAAUAAGGGCCUUUCAGCUGCCAUGAACUUAUUGGAGGAAGCUAAGAAGGAAAUAGAUUCAUAUUCCAAGGGCGGACCCAUGUCCUAUGCAGAUCUUAUACAGUAUGCAGCGCAGAGUGCACUCAAGGCUACCUUUCUAGCUUCAGCCAUUCGCAAAUGUGGUGGGAAUGAAGAGAAAGGGGGCUUGCUCUACACUGCCUAUGGUUCCAGCGGACAGUGGGGCUUGUUUGACAAACAAUUUGGGAGGUCAGACACCACGGAACCAGAUCCAGAAGGUAGGGUCCCCCAGUGGGAGAAGGCCAGCGUGAAGGAAAUGAAAGAUAAAUUCUCAGCCAUUGGGUUUGGUCCUCGGCAGCUAGCAGUGAUGUCUUUGUUUCUGGGUCCUGAUCAGACAGCAACAGAGACAUUAUUAGCAGCCGAUCCAGAUGUGUCUCCAUGGGUUCAAAAAUACCAAAGAAGCCGAGAGACUGUGUCGGAGACAGAUUAUGAGGUCGAUUUGAUAACUACUCUGACCAAAUUAAGCAGCUUGGGCCAACAAAUCAAUUACGAAGCGUACACCUACCCGGUUCCAAGGGUUGAUUUCAGCAAGCUCAAAUUGUGAGAGCGAAAAAUGCCAGAUAUAUUUGAUCUCCGGAAGUGCAACAGAGAGAGGGCACAAACCAAUUCUGGCCCAGUUUUCACAUCUCUCUUGAACAGCUUUCCCCAUGGCACGUAGAUUCACGAAGCCACUGUAUCAUUCACCCGUAUUCUAAAUAAACAUUGACGAGGUUAACAUAUGAGAUUAUCAUGUCUACCAUUUCGUGAAUUAGUUUUUCGUUCAAUUGUA